GGGCAGGUUGGGUAGAACUGGGACAGGCCCAGGGCGCUUGGCGACCAUGUCAUUGUUACCUUGGGGAGAUGGUUCCGAAACCGAGACGCUGGUAUAGACCAUCUUUUCUAGGAGUUCUACUGUUAAAGUGAGAAGAGAGAGAGUGGUUUCGGUAGAGGAAUUUGGGGUGAAGGUGAAGAGCAUUUUAAAAAUAGACAAUAGCAUGAUGUGUGGUUAAAGCACAGGCUCUGAAUUUAGGAGUCCCUGUCCAUUAACUGUGAGACUUUGGGCAAGUCACUUCACUUCUCUGUGCCUCAGUUCCCUCGUCUGUAAAACGGGGAUGAUGAUAAUACCUGCCUCCCAGGGCUCAUGUGAGGAUUAGAUGAGGUGGUGCCUGUGAAAAGUACUGAACCCAGCACUAAAAAGGCAUGGAGGAGGUUUGCUGAGAGGGUAGCCCAGGCUGGCCCAGGUUACGUCCUGAUUUGCAGAACAGCAGUAGGGUGCUGUGCCUUCUUUGCCAUCAGCUCCUGGCAGCCCAGAUCUGGAAGAGCUGUAGCUAUCCUCCAAUUGCAGUAUCAGAGGCUUUUGAGUGCUUGGCUGGGGCCAGUUGGAUGAAGUAGGUAUUAUUAUCCCCUUUCUACAGAUGCAGAAACUGAGGCUCAGAGAAAUUAUAGGCCACGAGAAAUGUUUGCAAAACCCCUUAUGAGCCCAGCCAGAUGAGAAGAUGGGAUCAUCCUCUCCGUUGGACAGAUGAGAAAACGGAUGCUGGAUCCCCUCACGUCCUCCUGAGUCUGUAGGCUCUGCCCGGCUGCCCUGCUUUCAUUUCUCUUGUGUGGGGGAAGAACACAGAGCUUGGAGUCUGAGAGACCUGCGUGUGAACCCCCUCCACCACCAGGGGCUGAGUGACUUUGGACCAGGCCUGUAACCUGAGUGCAGAAGAAUGCCCAGCAGGCUGUUCUGUGAAUUAGGAAGUAAAACAGGGCACGGAGCACAGUAGGCAUGCCAGGAACCGCAGUCCCCUUGGUUCACUUUUCCUGCAAACGUGGACCUAUGUCCCACAUGGCUGCUGAGCCCAGCUCCCCAUGACCUCGGAUGUGUUUGAUGCUUUUGUUCUUUUCGGGGCUGGGAAGUGGUGGUGCCUGACCCAGGCUUGGCCACCUCUGACUGAGGAGUCUGUGAGCCUGUGGCCUUGGGCCCAGAAGGCCAACCCGGGACUUCAAAGGAGGGGAGGGCCCCGUGUCGUCACAGAGACUCGGAGGAAUGUCAGGGGCUGGCUGGGUCAUCAGAGGCCUUCCUGCUGCCUCUCGCUGCCUGUGUCAUAGGGUCCCAGAAUCUUAGGCCUGGAGGGGACCUGGACAGCACCUGUUGCAACUCCUGUUUUUACAGAUGGGGUGACCGAGACUCACAAUGAGGAAAUGACUUUUACUUGAGGUCGUCCAGCCAGUUUCAACAGUGCAGAGCUAAAGCUCCUGGGACUUGAAUCUUUGGACUUGCCUCCAGGACCUUGGGGGACUCCCAUCUAAGAGGGUAAUUCCUGCCCCAUCCCUGCUCUGACUCAGCUGUGACGUUGAAGCACUCAAGCCAGAGAGAAGAUAAAGUCAUCAGAGAAUCUCCUCACCAGAGAGGGUGGCCCAGGCUUGAGCCCACAUCUUCUCUCAUCACAGCCUCUACUGGACUAGUCCCCUUCCCUGGAGGGGCUUAGACCCUGGGAUGGCCUCUGGCUCAGCCAGCAGCCCCCACCCAGCCCCCGAUGAGAAUGAGUUUCCCUUUGGAUGUCCCGCCACCGUCUGCCAAGACCCGUCAGAGCCCAGGGCCCUCUGCUGCGCUGCCUGUCUCUCUGAGAACGUGAGGAACCGUGAGGAUCGGCUCUGUCCCAAAUGCAGAGGGGACGACCCCCAAUCUGCAAGCCCAGGAAACCUUCUGCCUCAGGAGAAGGAGCACCCCAAGGUGGCCGAGGCUGGAGUUGAGUGCCCCUUCGCAGGCGUCAGCUGCUCUUUCAAGGGGAGCCCAAAGUCCAUGCAGGAGCAUGAGGCCACCUCCCAGGCCUCCCACCUAAACCUGCUAUUGGGGUUCAUCAAACAGUGGAAGGCUCACCGGGACUCUGGUCCAGGGUCUGGACCCACAGCCCUGGAGCAGAACCUGUCAGACCUGCAGCUGCAGGCGGCCGUGGAGGUGGCAGGGGACCUGGAGGUGGACUGCUACCGGGCACCCUGCUCUGAAGACCAGGAGGAGCUGGCCCUGCAGCAUUUCAUGAAGGAGAAGCUCCUGGCCGAGCUGGAGGGGAAGUUGCAUGUGUUUGAGAACAUUGUUGCCGUCCUCAACAAGGAGGUGGAGGCCUCCCACCUGGCCCUGGCCGCUUCCAUCCACCAGAGCCAGCUAGACCGUGAACGCAUCCUGAGCUUGGAACAGAGGGUGGUGGAGUUGCAGCAGACCCUGGCCCAGAAAGACCAGGCCCUGGGCAAGCUGGAGCAGAGCCUCCGCCUCCUGGAGGAGGCCUCCUUUGAUGGCACCUUUCUGUGGAAGAUCACCAACGUCACCAGGCGAUGCCAUGAGUCAGCCUGUGGCAGGACUGUCAGCCUGUUCUCCCCAGCUUUCUACACUGCCAAGUAUGGCUACAAGUUGUGCCUGCGACUGUACCUCAAUGGGGAUGGGACGGGAAAGAGGACCCACCUGUCACUCUUCAUUGUGAUCAUGAGAGGGGAGUAUGAUGCUCUCCUGCCGUGGCCUUUCCGGAACAAGGUCACCUUCAUGCUGCUUGACCAGAACAACCGUGAGCAUGCCAUUGAUGCCUUCCGGCCCGACCUCAGCUCAGCGUCCUUCCAGCGGCCCCAGAGUGAAACCAAUGUGGCCAGCGGCUGCCCGCUCUUCUUCCCCCUUAAUAGGCUGCAGUCGCCCAAGCAUGCCUACGUAAAGGAUGACACCAUGUUCCUCAAGUGCAUCGUGGAGACCAAUGCGUAGGGUGGGCCGGUGGGGCCGAGUGAGCCAGGCCGGCUCCUGAGGCAGCCCCAGCUGGGACAGGGGGUUCAGCAAGGUGACUGUGAGCUCCUGCCUGCCCUCCCAAGAGGGACCGGGGCUGGCGUGGUCUGAGUAGGACUGCCAGAAGGCCGGCCACCAGCUCAGGACAGCAGUGGCACCUUGGGCUGGGCCCACAAAGGGUCUAGAAGGAGGCUGUGGCCAAAUCACUCCCCCCUGCACCGAGAGCACCCCACUGGAGGGCCUGGGAGCCACUCCAGCCCAGAUGUUGACGGACUUCAACCAAGAUGGGAGAGAAUGGAACCAGGCCCUGGAGGGGGAUGGAAAGCUGGGGAUGUAGGAUCUGAGCACAGGCACUCUCGGGGUGGACAGGGCUGAAGGGCCACCCAGAGCACUGGAAACAUACUCGUCCUCAGGCCCAGGAGCAGGGGGCGGAAGGGAUGGGAUGGCAAUGUGACUUCAGUCUGUCCAGGCCUGGGAGAAGCUCCUCAUCACUGGCUACACUGGAGGGAUGGGGCCUCAGACUGCAGGUUGGAUUUGAAGACCUUUAAGGUCUCUUCCAGCCCAGAAGGUCCUGCUCGUCGGGCUGCUGACCCAGGUGUGGCUUAGGGCUGGAGGGGGCUGAAAACAUUUAGGAGCCUCCCGCUCUCCAGUUACUCGCCUUCAGGCAGUGCCUGCUGACUGCAGCUGGGCUGAGCUGGCCAGCGUGGCACCUGCCACUGGAGCCUGGCAGCUCAGCUUCCCCACCAUGUGUGAGCCUGCAGAGCUCCUGCAUCCUGUGCUCCCACUGGCCCAGCUCCUCUUCACACCAUCCGGGUGAAACCAGGUCACUGUGAGUAACCAGGAGAGCCAGAAGGGAAUGUGGAGAAGGAGGCUCAUAAACUGUCCACUCCUCCUGCCCCAUCUUCAGUGCUUUCCAGAAUCCCAUGUUGCCUGAAUUCAUUUCUCCCAGUUGGCUAUGGCCUCUGAGCCACUGAACCAAAGUUGUCUUUUUAAAUAUAUAUAAAACCAAUGAAAGAAAAGGAAAAAAAAGUAAUAAAAUCUCUUUCGAAGUUUUCAUAAAGUGUAUGGCUGUGGGAGUUGGUCCUAACUGGGCCAAGUUGGAAAGGCCCGCUGUUGGGUGCUGGGUGGUACCAUGAGUUUUGCAGGUGGCACCGGAGCCCAGUGAGCAGCCAGCAGGAGCCCCACCUCUUGAAACGCCAUCUUCUUUCCGUAGCGGGCAUAAGCACCCAGCCCGCCUCCCUCACUGGGUUUUGUGAACUUCAAAGGAGAUGCUACCCAGGAGAGGGUGGCAAGGAUGCAGCACCGUGGGCUCCGCUGCCAGCCUGCCACGGCCUGGCUGGGCCAUGCUCACCAGCUCACCUUGGCGGCUUCACACGACCCUUCCCCACAGGGACCCCACACGACUUUCCAGAAACCUGAGACUUCAUGUUGCCACCCAGGGCUCCAGGUGAGAAACUACCCUCUCCCCACCAACCUUCCCUACAGCUUACGCCUCCUCUACUUGCUGAGGCUGCAGUAGCCUUCACUCCUCAAACCUUCAUUCCUCAGGGUUUUCAUCUGGAAAACAGCUCAGCAGCCCUGCCUUUUCUCCCUAACCCUGCAUUGUGAGGAUCAAAGGACGUGAGGGAGCAGCGUGGCACAGUGGACUUAAUAUAUCAGAAAACUCAGAUCGGAACCCUGUAGCGCCUCAGUCUCCUCGUUUGAAAGCAGAAGGAAUCAUCCUGCCUGGCCCCGUCUGGCUCACAAGGCCCAUAUACCGUCAUGGACUGAGUGCUUUGUUCACAUGGUUCUUGCCACAUGCGACAGGCUGUGAACAUGCUAGCACUGCUUUUCCCUGUCCCCACUGCUGACAGCUUGCUGAUAAUAGAGACAGACUCGCUUUCCUUUGAUGGGUUUCUGUAAUGUGUCAAGGUCUGAUCCAGCAAAUUAUGGGGACUUCUGCCUGACAGCUGGUGUCCCGGCAAGUGACUUCUUCCUUCCGCCUCACCAAGCACUGAGUUGAAGGGGGAUCUGUAGGACCAGCACUCCUAGGGACAACAGUUACUCUGCACAUUUAAUUGCUUGUUUCUGUUGGAAAGAAAAGCUCUGCAAAUGGUGUGACACAACCAUUGUUUCCGCAGAGCUUCAUUGAGACCUGCAUGUGUUGUCCACUAUGCUGGACCCUGGGGUGGAGAGGUAAAUGCCCCCUGCCCUCAAGAAACCCUGAGUUCAGGGGGGUGCGGGAUGGGGGGAACAGGCACAUGAGUCAGUGGUAAUAACCGAUAAGUAAGGGGAGCUGAGAGAAACCACAGGAUCCCAGAUCCUUGGGGUGAAGCAAGGAGGAAGAGGUGGCACCUAAACGCAGCCUGAAAAUACUAAGAAAUGCAGAGCAUGGGAAUG